AUUCAUUGCCGUAAAUAACUUCAAAAUUUCGUUUGUUUUAGUUUUGUUUUAUGUGAGGUGAAAAUAAUCUGAUAUGUUAAAGUUAAGUCUGACUCGUCUUACCCAAAAAAGUUCUUUAGGAAACUUUUUAAUAAGUCGAUACUUCUCUGUAUUAUCAUUUAAUAGCAGAAAUCGACCUGAAAGCAAAGAAUAUAAAUACAGUAAAACAUUCCGCCUGGCAAGAAAUCUUGCAUUUUCAUUAGGAAUAAGUUAUGCCCUUUAUGAUUUUUACUGUAAACGAAAACAAUGGGUGCAAACUUUUGGGACAGUUGAGAAGAUCUUAAAAAAUUUUCAAGUCCAUGCUCUUGAUGUUUCGGUGAAUGAAAAAGAGAAAAUUUCUCCUAGAACUAUGUUUAAUUUCUUAGCUGAUGUUGCAGAGAAAACAAAAUUCUCUGUUGUAUAUAUUGAAAUAGUUGCAAGGCAUCCAAUUACCAGACAGAGUAUACCUAUAUCAAAUGGCUCGGGAUUUAUAGUGAAAUCAGAUGGUUUAAUUUUAACAAAUGCUCAUGUUGUCUCAAAUCAGGGGCGAGUCAUAGUGAAGCUUUAUGAUGGAACAGAAUAUGAAGGGAUUGUUGAAAGUUAUGAUACUGAAAGUGACCUUGCAACAGUCCGUAUUAAAGCUAAAGAUUUACCAGUUCUUCCUCUUGGUGAAUCCUCUAACUUACGAGCUGGAGAAUUCGUUAUUGCCAUGGGAAAUCCACUGACUUUGAGUCAUACAAUUACAGCAGGGGUAAUAAGCUCAGCUAGCAGACAAGGUAAAGAUUUGGGAUUACAUAGAAAAUCUGACUAUAUACAAACAGAUGCUGCUGUAAAUGUUGGAAAUUCUGGUGGUCCGUUGGUUAAUUUGGAUGGUGAAGCUAUUGGUAUAAAUACAAUGAAAGUAACUGAAGGAAUAUCAUUUGCUAUCCCUUCUGACCGAGCUGUUGAAUUCCUCGAAAGGACCGAAAAAGCAAAAAAAGAGUCAUGGAAUCCAUUUAAAAGCUCUGACAAAAAACAGAAAUAUUUGGGGAUUACUAUGUUAACAUUGACUCCAACUGUCAUACGAGAACUUCAAGAACGUAAUCCAGAUUUCCCAAAUGUGGGUCAUGGAGUGAUGGUAUGGAGAGUCAUGAUCAAUUCCCCUUCUUUUGAGGCAGGUAUUAAACAUGGAGAUGUUAUUACGGGCAUAAAUGGUAAAGAAAUCCACUCAGCUUCUGAUAUUUACAGUCUUUUGAAGAGUGAAGAUGUUCUAGAUAUACAUAUAGUUAGGAGAAAGAAGGAGUUUAACAUAAAAGUGCAACUUAUGGACCCUGUUUUACCUUAAAUUUGACUAUUUAUUGUAUUUUUAAUUAUUUAUUAUUAUCUAAUUAUCUAUUUAUUGUAUUUUUAAUUAUUUAUUAUUAUCUAAUUGUCUAUUUAUUGUUAAUAGUUAUAAAGCCAAAAAAUGUGUCUUAAAUAGUUUUUUUGGAAGAUGUAAUAUUUUUUUUUAUGUAGAUUAACUGAAAUCAUGUGACUUAAAAUUCCUGAAAAUUUGGUUUAUUAUAGUAUUAUAACAAUAUUUGGUUUAAUGAAAGAAAAGAGAAAAUCUGUGUAGAAUUUCUAAUAAUUCUUUCUUCCUCAAAUGUAGCAAGAUUCAUUCUAAAUAAUAAUGAAGUGUAAAGAUCUUGAAACGAUCUAUUCAUUAUUGUUGAUCUGCAUCAUAGAGGUGAAAAGGACAGCUGUUUUUGUUUAUUAUUAAUAAAGUUUAUUGUCAUAAAAAUUGCCUCUGAUGAUCUCGCUAAGUAUUCAAGAAAUGACUUCAAAAGCAAAGAUCAGUGUUUCUGAGAAAUUUAUAAAUUUUUCUUCUAAUAGUUUGGAUUGAAUUGUAAACUUGUAAAUAAAAUAACUUAUUUUUAUGCUGCAAUCAAUUGUGAUUUUAUUGAUUCAUUCUCUCUGUGUAUAUUUUAUCCCUCAACAUAUAUUAAAAAAUUAUUGAAGUAUUUCAGUUAUUUGUCCUUUUUUUCUUGCAUGGUACUUCUGUUGUACAGAUUUCUGUAGCCUAGUGGUGUAAUGUCUUGUGAGUGUAGAGGAUUACAGGCUCGUAACUGUGUAUAUAACUAUAGCUGAGAUCUGCAAUGUAUGUAAACAUGGUGCACUUACAUCUGGCAUCAGGAGUAAAGUCCACAUGUUAGUGCAAUGCUGAUUUUUGGAGGCAGGUUGUAAGAUUUGUCAGAUUUUGAACUACAUCUGUCAAAAGGUUGACUGAC